GCUGCACUUGCUUGCUAACCUCCGUUGGAAAACAGGAACACAUUGUUAUUAUUGCCAUCUUUUUUCUGGGUUUCAUUUCUCUGUUUCAGCUUCUGGGUCCUCUUCAUUUUCCGAAUCAAUUUACCAGCUCAGCCAGGUUAUUUACUAUGGACUGGUGUUUUGGGAGCAGCACUGACGAAUUUGUUGUUCCAAUGGGGCAAGAAAUAUCUGAUAGGUUCCCUUCACCAGAAAGUUGGCCAAAAUGGGAAAUGAGUGAACCGGAAAGUUUUGAGUUUCUUCAUGAAUGCUUUGUUAUUGAUUCAAAAUUGACUCAGGAAGAACUCAACUUUCAUCUUGUUAAUGAAGUUGUGGUGGAAAGUUACACCAAUGAUAAAGAUCAGUCAAGUUCAGGGAUAGGGGAAGGAUUUUCAGAAGAGUCUCUUCAGCAAACUGCUCUUCUCCGCGACCAGCUGGAUUACCAGCUUGAUGGGCUUGCAGGAUUCGAACAUAUGGAUGACCUAUUCUUGAGUUCAUUAGUGGAAGAUACUCCUGGGACUGAAAAUCUUCACAAGUCAUUUUGCUUUGAGACUGAAUUGCUAAAUUGCAUGGUAGGAGAUGAUAUUAUCUUGACAGACUCAAUUUUAGAUGCAUAUAGCUUGGGAAGCUCUAAGUAUCUCAAAACACAUGCAUUUUCACCAUCAAUGGAUCCAGAGGGAGGCAAAAUUCCUGCUGCUCCACUGUUUAUUCCUUCCAAUUCAGAGCAAAAGAAUUGUCCAUUAUUAAAGGCACCGCUGAUCAAAGUCUCGGUCCCUUCUGAGCAUAAACAGAGGAGCAAGCAUGUGGAUGCGGAAACAUCUCCUGAAGAGUUUGUUUUACAGGAGCUAGCAACGGUGGUGGCACAGUUGACAGAUAACUCCCGAAUUUGCUUUCGCGAUGCCUUUUACCAUCUGGCCAGUAACUCAAGCCAACAUGUGAUGACACAGAACCGAAAUGUACUUUUCAUGGAAACGCCACCAUGGGCAGGCCAAGAAGACAAAAUGAGGCUUGGAGGAAAGAAACCAGUGGAAUUGGAAACCAACACCAUUGACAGAGCCCUUGCAAAUCCCAUGUUCAACAAGACUGAGUUCAAUGUUACAUAAUUUUCCCAUUCAUCAUUAGCAAGUUGUAAACAAGAAUGUCUCAGUGCAACCUGACCAUGCAACUACAGUUCAAAUCAACCGCAAAUCCAUAAUCUUCCUCACCAUCCAAUUUUCUCUAGUAAUGGCUGCUGGGGUUCCAAAUCCUCUGUCAAGGAUACCCGCAAAUGAGGGCAAUUCAAGAUCUACAUAUCAUGUGACGAUAUUUAUGAGAAAGUUGUGGGGAUGCUGGUUUUUAGAAUGAAACAAACUAUGUACUGGGUCAAUAAAAAAAUAAAUCUUGACAACUUUUCUGCAGUGUGUUUCAUUUUUUAAUGUUAUACUGAUGGGUAUACAUACAUGCUGCCUAGGUUAGAGGACUUGCUGCCUUCACUUGGCUCAAUUUUGAAAGAUACCCAAAACCACUUUAUUAUUAUUUCUCUAUGUAAUUGAAAAUCUAGCUUUGCUGAUCACUGCUUCUGAGACCAAAUAAUUAAUUAUGAGAUAGACUGGUGUUUCACUGCU